CUGAUUUCAGGUUAUCCGAAUUCAUUUCAAAGUGCGUUCUGUUCAACUCCGUUUUGCCCAGCCCCAGAUGAUGGCACCAAUCAAACGGUUAGCUCAUGCUCUGUUCGACGAGUUGAAUAUCCGACCGCAUUGCCUCCAUCAACAAAUAACGGUACGAAUAUUGGGAUAACUUCACAACACCGCUCAUUAACAACACCGCAAACACAACUUUUCCCCACAUCGGAAUUUGGUCAAGCACAGCUGACCACUCUAAAACCGUCGAAUGUGUUUGAGAAUGACUCAUCCACUGCUGCAGCACAGAUCUCGUUGAAUUACGAUACUAGCACGGAUUAUAAGAAUUUAUUAACAUUAUCGGAUUAUUCGACUACAAUGCAUGUCACUCCAACGAAUAUCAGCGCGACGGCUGCUGGAUUCAAUUUGAUUUCGGAAGUGACGAAUAGUUUAUUGACCUGA